UUUUAUAUAACUGCUCUUGAUAAAAGGGUGGUCUUUUUGUUAGUAGUUUACCAGAUGACUUGUUCCUGUAUGCAGGAUUAUGAAAAAUUCUGGGAGAACUUUGGCAAACACUUGAAAUUGGGUUGCAUUGAAGACCGUGAGAAUCACAAACGUAUUGCUCCAUUGCUUCGCUUUUUCUCAUCCCAAAGUGAGGAAGAACUGAUUGGCUUGGAUGAAUAUGUGGAGAACAUGAAACCUGAUCAAAAGGAUAUUUAUUAUAUUGCUUCUGACAGUGUGACUAGUGCGAAGAACACCCCUUUCUUGGAGAAACUUGGGGAGAAGGAUCUUGAAGUUCUGUUUUUGGUGGAUCCAAUAGAUGAGGUUGCCAUUCAAAACCUUAAAUCAUACAAGGAAAAGAAUUUUGUUGACAUUAGCAAAGAAGACUUGGAUCUAGGUGAUAAGAAUGAGGAAAAGGAAAAAGAAAUGAAGCAGGAAUUUGGCCAAACAUGUGACUGGAUCAAGAAGCGACUGGGAGAAAAAGUUGCAAGUGUGCAAAUUUCAAACCGACUUAGCUCUUCACCUUGUGUUCUGGUGUCUGGGAAAUUUGGUUGGUCUGCAAACAUGGAAAGGCUGAUGAAGGCACAGAGUAUGGGUGAUGCAUCCAGCUUGGAAUUCAUGAGGAGCAGAAGGGUGUUUGAGAUCAACCCUGACCAUGCCAUUAUCAGGAAUUUGGAUGCUGCAUAUAAAACGAAUCCCAAUGAUGAAGAUGCCCUCAGAGCUAUCGAUCUUUUGUAUGAUGCAGCUUUGGUUUCCAGUGGUUUUACGCCUGAUAAUCCAGCACAACUUGGAGGGAAGAUAUACGAGAUGAUGGGUAUGGCUCUUACAGGUAAAUGGUCGACUCCUGAUCAGUUCCAGUCCACUGUAGCGCAGCCCCAUAUCCCAGAAACUGUAGAAGCUGAGGUUGUCGAACCUACUGAGGCUGGCAGUCAGAAGUGAGAGGACAGUCAUAUGGACAUUUUUGUCUUUUCCCGUUCGCUUUCUGUUCUUUCUUUCAAAGCUGUUUGCUUAUAGGUGAAGUUGUAUUCUUGAGGAACGUGGGUGUUGGUAGUAACCAUUUAUAGAUAUAUCAUGAGGAAUUCAGUGGCAA